UUCAAAUUAGGGACUGGGAAGAGUCCUGAAGUCUUUCUGAUCCACCUGCCUUGAGCCACCAGUUUACAGGUGUCCCGGUCGGUGUCGGCUUCAAGAUGAUCUCUCUCAGUGCGGCCAACACAGAAUUCUGCUUGGACCUUUGCAAGGAGCUGAGCAAGCAAAAUGCUGGGGAAAACAUCUUCUUCUCCCCCAUGAGUCUUUCAGCAUCUCUGGCCAUGGUCAUGCUCGGUGCGAAAGGGAACACCGAAGCUCAGAUGGAAAAGGUACUUCACUUCAAUGAGAUCAAGACUUCAGGAUAUGGACACUCCUCUGAAACGAGCAAAGAACAGCCGGAGGCUACAAAGCCGCAGUGUGAAAAACCUGGAGGUGUCCAUUCCCAGUUCCAGGCAUUACUAUCACAAAUCAGCAAGCCCACCAAUGAUUAUGAAUUUAGCAUUGCCAACAGGCUGUAUGGAGCAAAGGGAUUUGAAUUCGUUAAGCAAUAUGUACGCCGCACUAAGGAAUUAUACCAUUCUGAGCUGGAAAGGGUUGACUUUCUGAAUGCAGCUGAACGGGCCAGAAGAACUAUUAAUUCGUGGGUCGAAAGUCAAACGAAUGGCAAAAUCCAGGACCUUUUCCCCGCCCACACUCUUGAUCCAUCGACUGUUCUGGUGUUAGUGAAUGCUGUCUAUUUCAAAGGGAAGUGGCUGUCAAGGUUUAAGAAAGAGUACACGGAAGAAUUGCCUUUUUGGUCAAAUAAGAAAAUGAGCAAGAAGGUGCCAAUGAUGUUUCAGCAUGGAAAAUUUAAAUUGGCCAGAAUUCAAGACCCUCCUGUUAAAGUGCUUGAACUUCCUUAUGAGGGUGAAGAGCUAAGCAUGGUUAUCAUGCUCCCUGAGGAUGGUGCUUGUCUAGAACAGCUGGAAAGUUCUCUUACCUACAAGAAAAUCGAAGAGUGGACCAGUUCGGCAAACAUGCGCCCCUGCAAAGUGAAUGUGUAUCUUCCCAGGUUUAAACUAGAAGAGAAAUAUAAACUUAAUGCCGCCUUGCAGUCAAUGGGAAUGACUGAUGCUUUUAUGAAAGGAAAAGCUAAUUUCACUGGGAUAUCUGAGAACAUGGGGAUGGCUGUGUCCAAUGUCACUCACAAGUGCUUUAUAGAAGUCAAUGAAGAAGGUACAGAAGCAGCUGCUGCCACUGGAGUAGAAAUAGUUCCAAAGAGUGCACAAUUUCCAUUGGAGUUUAAGGCAGAUCGUCCAUUCCUCUUCUUUAUUAUAAACAAUAUAGCAGCAAAGAGCAUUCUCUUCUUUGGUAAAUAUUUGUCACCUUAAGUGACAUGCCAUUUGGAAAAAAAAGUCCUCCCAUUUAGUCCUGUAGUAGGGGAAACAAUUAUAUUACAUUCAUCUUUACUAUGCCUAGACUUUUCUCCCCUUUUUAAGGAGCAAAUACAGCUUUUAGCCCUGUUUUCAGUCAGCUAUGUAAACUCUUCUUAACUAGAUUUAUCUUGGAGUGAAUCUGGUUUGAGAUGAUCCUUGUGCUGGUAGUUGCUUGUAGGGAUGGGCAUGAAUUCCAAAAAUACAGUCUGUUUUGUGGUUCGUGGCCAAACCACGAACUGAACCGGGAGGCUCCCGGGCAAACAAUCAAUUUGUUUCAGUUUGUGGAGGGCAGGGAGCAGAAAACAUGGAUUUAAAGGGACUCUGAGCCAUUUAUACCAUUCUGAGUACUGAGAAGAGUUUUAAAUGGCUUGGAGACCCUCAGCUGUUUGUUGCUGAAAAAUGAUACAAAGUAUACUGUGAUAGAAUUACUAAGAAAUAUACUUCACCAUACUUCACCAAUUACUGCAUAAUUAUCAUGAGCUAGGAAACCAAAUUACAAAUCACCUUUAAAGUGCAUUUCAUAACAUACACAAUUUACGAAGUCAAGUACAUAAUCAUUUAAUCAUUCAUAAUCAGAAUUCCUUAUCAGAUUACAGUUCAUAUAAAGGAUCCGCUUGUAUUCUUCCUAUUUCUUCAGACUCUUCAGUUGCAACUUUAAAGUGUAUUGUGCUGCUAAUAUUAAUUUCUUAUGUGUGUAUCAACUCACAAGAUCUACUCAUAGAGAUAUGAUUCAACCUUUCCAAAUUCUUCUAACUUUCCAAAAGUAAACAGUAAUUU